AUGAAAACAUCAAACAGAACAAUCAAUACGACUUUGACUACUACCACACCUUGUCAUCCAUACAUACCGCUCGAUAAUCGUUCCUUUUACGAACAGGAAUAUCCUCAAUCAAAUUUACCUCAACGAAUAUCGAAUUCAUCAUAUCAAAGUGUUCUUCGUCAACUUCAUUCUCUUCGAUUAGUUGUUCUAGGAUGUGCUCGUAAUGUGGAACGAAAUCUUGAUGAAUUUCGAAGUCAUAUGGAGCCAAUCAUUAAUCUCUUUCAUUCAUCAUCUCGUAUUCUUAUUUUCGAAAGUGAUUCAAGAGACAGAACUGUAAAAAGACUUCGUCAGUGGUCUCGCGUAGAACUUUAUACAUAUCGUAGAUUAGCAAAACAAUAUUCAGAACGUUCUGAACGACUUGCUUAUGGCCGAAAUAUGCUAAUGGAUAAAGCACAUCUUUUACUACCUGAUUACAUUUUUAUUGUUGAUUUAGAUCGGUUUUCAAUAACUGUUUCUUCUUUUCUUUCAAAUUUCAAGUAUGACACAAACCAAUGGUCAGUUAUGACAGCAACAUCAUAUAAUGACUAUUAUGAUCUUUGGGCAUUACGUACCUUAUCCGACUCAGUCAUGAAUUAUGAUGUUUGGCAUCGAGUGUGGAAGCUGGAAUCAUUUCCGACUAACCAUUGUUCUGCGUCAACUUUUGAGGGAAUUAUUGGAAUUCAUAAAAAACGUAUUCCGAUUGAACAUGGUUUAAUUGAAGUGCGUUCAGCUUUUAAUGGUGCUGGACUAUAUAAAGUAAAUUCGACAUACAACUGCAAAUACGAUGGUAGAGGAUUUACUUGUGAACAUGUGCCAUUUCAUUUGUGUAUACGAGAAAAAAAUCAAGCUAGAAUAUUUAUCAAUCCCGAGUUUCAAGUUAGUUAA